GACUCCACAUGGGCUCUCUACCCACCUCCCAUGUUCUUCCAGGACCUCAAAUCCAAUAAACAAAGCAAUCGCCAUUAAUGGAGCUUCGAGCAUGCAAACAAAUUAUAGUAUCACACAGAAAAACCUGCACAAAGAUCACAUGCAAUGACAGUAAACACAUGAAGAUUGAGCACACUGCCGCUUUAAAUCCUCGCAAAACCAGCCACCAUUUCGUCCCGAUCAACACCGUCUGGCUUCCAUGGAAUCCAAGAAGGCCAACAAGAUCACAGAGAUCGUGAGGCUGCAACAGAUGCUAAGGAAGUGGAAGAAGCUCGCGGUGACGCCGAAGAGCAGCAGCAAGAGCAUGAAGUUCCUGAAGAGGACCCUCUCCUUCUCCGACGGUGCAUCGACGACGUCGUCGUCGUCGUCGGGGGACGUCCCCAAGGGAUACCUCGCGGUGUGCGUCGGCGAGGAGAUGCGAAGGUUCGUGAUCCCGACCGAGUACCUGGGCCACCGAGCCUUCGCGGCGCUGCUGAGGGAGGCGGAAGAGGAGUUCGGGUUCCAGCAGGAAGGCGUGCUGAGGAUCCCCUGUGAGGUGGCCGCGUUCGAGAGCACACUGAGGGUGGUGGAGAAGAAGAAGAAGAAGGAGGGGUUCUGCUACUGCUCGGCGGAGGCUGAGCUUGCGUGCUCCCAUCUCCCACCGAAGCCAGUGUGCAGAUAAGAUGACAUGUUUGGCUGUAGGAAGAAGAAGAAGAAGAUGAUACGUAAUACUUCCUCUCCUUCUUUAAACUCCUUUUAGGGCUUACAGAAGCAGAGUGUCUCUGCAUGGCUUGAGUUGUGCAUGUCUUUUGUAGCUUCAAUAUCACUUUUAUUUCUUCCAAUACAAACACUAUAAAUGUGUUUUUUUUUUCUUUCUUUUUUUCAAGGAAAAAUAAACAUUACAUUGGCCAAAAUCUCAUGUACUGUAUUG